AUAUGAAGCCACCUUCCUGCACAGCUGCACGGACAGCUUUAAAAAAAAACCCGCACACCAACAACCACCUUCCUGUCCUGUUGCUAUUUCCUUCCUGGUUUAAAAAAAAAACCACCCAAAACUUCCCGAGGGGCGGGCAUUUGUCAUUCUUGGUGCAACCGAAGGAUCGUAAAUCCUCCCAGGAGGUGUUAUGCAAAAGCCACGGGGAGCAGUGACUUUUCCUUUCUUCCUCCAAGAGGUAAAGCUAGGAAUGAAAAUGGAAAAUCAAGAUUUCCCGGCAGAACCUGAGCCUGUCAACAAACUGGCAGGCAGAGGAAAAGAUACUUGUGCUGUCCAAGUCGAGACCGUCCAGGAACUCCUGACCGGGACAGCUCCCCAACAAAUCAAACAAGAGCUGGACGAAGGCAUAGGACAGCGCUGGGAGGCCCAGUGGCAGGAGUUCUUGAAGGUGGUCAAGUCUCCUCACUCAGAAUGGCGGCACCUGCAGCUGCCCAGUCCCACAUCGGAGGGAAAUUCAAAGUCCACUCAAGCUUCCUUGAAGGGAGUGUCUGAUGCCAGCCUGUGGCCUAGAGGGGAGUGGUUGCCUCAGACCAUGCCUGACCUACUUGGGGAGGCCCAACAGGCCUAUCAGAGCUUGGACUCCUCUCAAACGGUCAAGGUUGAGGUACUGGAUGAAGAUGCCACUGGCAUGGAGGCGCAGCGCCAACGCUUCAGGCAGCUGUCCUACCAUGAGGCCGAGGGCCCCCGAGAGAUUUGCAGGCAGCUCCAGGAGCUUUGCCACCAGUGGCUGACGCCCGAGAAACACACCAAGGAGCAGAUCUUGGAGCUGCUGAUCCUGGAGCAGCUCCUGACCAUCCUGCCUUGGGAGAUGCAGAGCUGGGUGAGGGAAAGGGGCCCGGAGAGUUGCGCCGAGGCGGUGGUCCUGGCCGAGGAUUUCCUCUUGAUGCUACAAGAGUCUGAGAGACAGAAACAAAAGGUCCCAGGCCUCUUGGAGGACACAUUUAUUAAUGCCUCCAAGCCGGAGCAAGAUUUGUCAGACUCUGUAAAGAUGCAUCUUUCUGUGGAGGCCACCCUGCUGGGAGACAACGACCCAGUGCUGGAGAACCAAGAGGAGCCCUUUCAGCUGGAAAGAGCUGAGCCCAGAGUCAUGGGAGUCAGUGGAAUAUCCCUAGAAAGAGCCGAUGGGAAACUUUUCCAAGCUCCUGAGUUGGAAGAGAUCCCCGGAAGCCAGCAAGGACCAGAAAGGCACCAGGAAAGCUAUCUAUGGAAAAUAACAGAGCAAGCCUUUCUAAGCGAGGGCAGCGACCAGGCCUUCCAUGAAACCUCCUUGCACGACAGGACUGAAAAAUGCCAGCGAACGAACAGUAUGGCUGCCGAAUUUGGGAAGAGCCUCCGCCAGAACUUGGACCUCCUCAAGAACCAGAAAAAACGGCUGAGGAAGUUCAAAUGCUCCUACUGUGGAGCCACAUCCAACAUCCGAGCCAACAUUGUCGUUCAUGAGAGAAUCCACACUGGGGAGAAACCCUACAGCUGCUUAACCUGUGGCAAAAGCUUCAGCCGAAAGUCGACCCUCGUCCGGCACAAGAGGACCCACACGGGGGAGAAGCCGUAUGAGUGUUCCGUAUGCGGGAAAAGCUUCAGCAUCCGGUGUAACCUUUUACGGCACGAAAGGGUCCACACGGGGGAGAAACCCUAUAAUUGCACAUGCUGCGGCCAGAGCUUCAGUCGGAGACUCUUGCUUGUGAUCCACGAGAGGACCCAUACGGGAGAGAAAAACGAACUGGUGACCUUCCAGGAGGUGUCCUUUCAUUUCACUGAGGAGGAAUGGGCCCUGCUGAAUCCAGGCCAGAAAUCUCUAUACAAGGAGGUCAGGCAGGAGAUUCAUGAGAUUGCAGCCUCUCUGGAUCCCAUGGAAAAUUUUAACAAAAUAGUGAAAGAAAUCAGGCCUCUUGUGGUUAGCUCCCACUCAGACAGCCAAAUCAAGGAUGGUUUGAUGACCUUCUUCUUGGUGAUCACUCGUGAUCGAAAAUUGGGGUGUCAAAAUCACGAUAGUUCCCUUAGUUCACAUCAAAAAAUUCAUACAGGGGAGAAACCUUAUAAAUGCUUGGUGUGUCGUAAGAGUUUCAGUCAGAGUUGCUCCCUUACUGAACAUCAAAGGACUCAUACAGGGGAGAAACCAUAUAAAUGUUCAGAGUGUGGAAACAGCUUCACUUGUCAUUCCCACCUUACUUCUCAUCAAAGAACUCAUACAGGGGGAAAGCCUUAUAAGUGCUUGGAGUGUAGAAAGAGCUUCAGUCAGAGAUCCUCCCUUACUUUGCAUCAAAGAACUCAUACAGGGGACAAACCUUAUAAAUGCUUGGAGUGUGGAAAGAGCUUUAUUCACAGUAGGUCCCUUACUUUGCACCACAGAAAUCAUACAGGGGACAAACCUUAUAAAUGCUUGGAGUGUGGAAAGAGCUUUGCUUGGCAUUCCAAACUUACCUCGCAUCAAAGAACCCAUACAGGGGACAAACCUUAUAAGUGCUUGGAGUGUGGAAAGAGCUUCAUUACUGGUAGCUCCCUUACUUUGCACCACAGAAAUCAUAUAGGAGACAAACCUUAUAAGUGCUUGGAGUGUGGAAAGAGCUUCAGCUGUGGUAGCUCCCUUAGUUCACAUCAAAGAACUCAUACAGGAGCCAAACCUUAUAAGUGUUUGGAGUGUGGAAGGAGCUUCAGUGUGAGAGGCACCCUUACUAGACAUCAAACAAGUCAUACAGGGGACAAACCUUAUAAAUGCUCAGUGUGUGGAAACAGCUUCAGUCAGCAGCGCUACCUUGCUAGACAUCAAAAGACUCAUACAGGGGAUAAACCUUAUAAAUGCUUGGAGUGUGGAAAAAGUUUCAGUCAGGGUAGAGCCCUUAGUUCACAUCAAAGAACUCAUACAGGAGACAAACCUUAUGAAUGCUUGCAGUGUGGAAAGAGCUUCAGUCAGAGUAGCCACCUUACUUCGCAUCAAAGAACUCAUACAGGGGCCAAACCUUAUAAAUGCUUGGAGUGUGGAAAAAGCUUCAGUCAGAGUAGCACCCUUACUUCACAUCAAAGAACUCAUACAGGGGCCAAACCUUAUAAAUGCUUGGAGUGUGGAAAAAGCUUCAGUCAGAGUAGCCACCUUACUUCACAUCAAAGAACUCAUACAGGGGACAAACCUUAUAAAUGCUUGGAGUGUGGAAAAAGCUUCAGUCAUAAUUGCAACCUUACUAAACAUCAAAGAACUCAUACAGGAGACAAACCUUAUAAGUGCUUGGAGUGUGGAAGGAGCUUCAGUGAGAGUGGCAGCCUUUCUAGACAUCAAAUAAUUCAUACAGGGGACAAACCUUAUAAAUGCUUGGAGUGUGGCAAGACCUUUAGUCAGAGUAGCGCCCUUAGUCAACAUGAAAGAACUCAUAUAGGGGAGAAACCUUAUAAAUGCUUGGUGUGCCAUAAGAGUUUCAGUCAGAGUUGCUCCGUUACUGAACAUCAAAGAACUCAUACAGGAGACAAACCUUAUGAAUGCUUGGAGUGUGGAAAGAGCUUCAGUCAGAGUAGCCACCUUACUUCGCAUCAAAGAACUCAUACAGGGGCCAAACCUUAUAAAUGCUUGGAGUGUGGAAAACGCUUCAGUCAGAGUAGCACCCUUACUUCACAUCAAAGAACUCAUACAGGGACCAAACCUUAUAAAUGCUUGGAGUGUGGAAAAAGCUUCAGUCAGAGUAGCCACCUUACUUCACAUCAAAGAACUCAUACAGGGGCCAAACCUUAUAAAUGCUUGGAGUGUGGAAAAAGCUUCAGUCAUCACUGCAACCUUACUAAACAUCAAAGAACUCAUACAGGAGACAAACCUUAUAAGUGCUUGGAGUGUGGAAGGAGCUUCAGUGAGAGUGGCAGCCUUUCUAGACAUCAAAUAAUUCAUACAGGGGACAAACCUUAUAAAUGCUUGGAGUGUGGAAAGAGCUUUAGUCAGAACUGGAAUCUUCAGGCACAUGAAAGGGUCCAUGUGGGUGAAAAGCCAUCUAAAUGCUUUUAAUGUGUGUGUGUGUGUGGGGGGGAAUAAGCAGAGCUUCAGUCUUAAUCUACAUCAAAGUAUCGAUACGGUGGGGAAACCUUUAGAGCUUCAUUCAGGAUCACACCCGUGCUACACAAAAAAAUACUCACACUGGGGUGAAAACCAUAUAACUGUUCAGAAUGUGGGAAAGAGUUUCAUUCAGCAUACCUCCUUUAUUUCCCAUCCAAAAAUUCACAGGAGGAAACAAUUUUAAUCGCAUUGCCAUUGUUUGUUCAUAUAAAAGAAUCCUCAAAGGGGAGAACCCAUAAAAUUUGAAGAGAGUAGAAAGAGCUUUGAUUAACGAUUUGAAAAGAAUGCUGAUGAAAGUUAAAGAGGAAAGUUCAAAAGCAGGACUACAGCUGAACGUCAAGAAGACUAAAGUAAUGACAGCAGAAGAUUUAUGUAACUUUAAAGUUGACAACGAGGACAUUGAACUUGUCAAGGAUUAUCAAUACCUUGGCACAGUCAUUAACCAAAAUGGAUACAAUAGUCAAGAAAUCAGAAGAAGGCGAGGACUGAGGAGGGCAGCUAUGAGAGAACUAGAAAAAGUCCUCAAAUGCAAAGAUGUAUCACUGAACACUAAAGUCAGGAUCAUUCAGACCAUGGUAUUCCCGAUCUCUAUGUACGGAUGUGAAAGUUGGACAGUGAAAAAAGCAGAUAGGAGAAAAAUCAACUCAUUUGAAAUGUGGUAUUAGAGGAGAGCUUUGCGGAUAACAUGGACUGCGAAAAAGACAAAUAAUUGGGUGCUAGAAUGUAGGAGAAUUCUUUCUCCAUUGGGAUCUUUUGCUGGGGGUCCUUAAAGAAAAUAUUUGAAGACACAGGCUUGAAGCAAAAAGGUAGGCCUUUAUAAAAAAAAACAAGCAUAUGCAGGGUCAGCCUUCCAGAAUUAUCCCAGAAAAACUGCACUGAGGCACUGUGUACAAGCUCUUUUAUAGAGUACUUUUAUAGCAUGUGACAAUGAUUCACCAAUCAUAUGAGUCCUUGCCCACAUAACAUCAUUCCAAACCAAUCAGAAAACAUUAGCUAACUCCCGUGGGUAGAGCCCUUAGUUCACAUCAAAGAACUCAUACAGGAGACAAACCUUAUGAAUGCUUGCAGUGUGGAAAGAGCUUGGGUGACUCUGACUAACUAAUAAUUGUUUUAGCCUCUUUAGAUAUAAAAACAGACAAACAGGCCACCCCAGAUGUGCCCUUUUCUUUAUGGAAAGACACCUAUAAAGUUAUAAAUUUAAUACACUGAUUUGUUUUUAAAUAAUUGCUAUUUCUCUUUUCAUU